AUGCCUCAUGGUCACAAAAGUAAGAACCGUGCCCAUGGGAAGCGCCGCCAGACUCAAGGGGAACACCAGGCCCCUGAAGAGGCACAGGCUGCUGCUACAGAAGAGGAAGCCCCAUCUCCCUCAUCUUCACCUCUUUAUGAGGCUUCUCCUCCUUGUGAGGAUUCUCCACCUCCUGAGGAUGCUCCACCUUCUGAAGAUUCUCCUCCUCAUGAGGAUUCUCCUCCUUGGGCUUCUCACCAUCUCCCUGGUCUUUCCACUGAGCUGAGUUCUCAAAGAGUCCCACCCAUCCCCAAUAUUGAUUUGUGUGCCUAUUGCACAGGGGAUGAUGGAGGUGACCACGGCCAAUAUGGUAGGGGUGCUAGUUCCUCUGAGAGCGCUGCAGGGGGCCCCAAGAGGAUGAGCUUUCUGGUGCAGUUCCUGCUGCACAAGUAUAAGAUGAAAGAGCCAUUGAUCACCAAGAAAAAAAUCAUGAAGAUUAUCAACAAGAAGGACCACACUCGCUUUCCUGAGGUCCUGCAGAGAGUCUCUGAGCACAUGGAGCUGGUCUUUGGCCUUGAGCUCAAGGAAGUCGACCCCAGCAUUCCAACCUACCUCCUGGCCAAUGUGCUGGAGAUCAGCCAGGAAGAUUAUGUCUUUGAUAGUAAGAGGUUCCCCAAGUAUGGGCUGCUGCUGCCUAUCCUGGGCAUGAUCUACAUGAAUGAAUACCAGGUCAGCGAGGAGCAGCUCUGGCAAUUCCUCAAUCGAGUUGGGGUCUUUGAUGGGAAGAGGCACUUCCUCUUUGGAGACCCCAGGAAGCUCAUCACCAAAGAUACGGUGCAGGAAAAGUACCUGGAGUACUGCCAGGUGCCCGGCAGCGAUCCUCCAACUUUCCAGUUCCUGUGGGGUCCCAAGGCCUAUACCGAAGCCAGCAAGGCCAAGGUCCUAGAGUUCAUCGCCAAGAUGCGGAGGGAGUAUGGAUCACAAGGCCUUCAAAAUCCUGUUUGUGGAAACUUGGAAAGAGGAAGAAGAGAGAGCAGCAACCAUGAUCUGGUCUGA